GGAGACAGCCGGAUGCCGUCUGACCUUGGGCCCGAGGUGGGCAGUGGCUGGCCGGGCCUCCUCAUGUCCUGCCUGAAGGGCCCUCAUGUCAUCCUCAAGAUGGAGGCCAUGAAGAUUGUCCAUCCUGAGAAGUUCCCCGAGCUGCAGGCGGCCGCCCCCUGCUUCCCACCUGUACCCCGGCCCACCCCUGCUCUGGCACCCAAGCGCGCCUGGCCCUCAGACACGGAGAUCAUCGUCAACCAGGCAUGUGGGGGAGACAUGCCUGCCCUGGAAGGGACGCCCCGCACCCCACCUCUGCCACGUCGGCCCCGCAAGGGCAGUGCAGAGCUGGGCUUCCCCCGAGUGGCACCGGCGGAUGAGGUCAUCGUGAAUCAGUACGUUAUCAGGCCUGGCCCUGGCACCUCGGGGGCCUCCGCCAUGGCAGCACCGGCUGCAGGUGAGCCCCUGGAGUGCCCCACCUGCGGGCACACGUACAACGUCACGCAGCGGCGGCCCCGUGUGCUGUCCUGCCUGCACUCUGUGUGUGAGCAGUGCCUGCAGAUCCUCUAUGAGUCCUGCCCCAAAUACAAGUUCAUCUCCUGCCCCACCUGCCGCCGCGAGACUGUGCUCUUCACUGACUACGGUCUGGCCGCACUGGCUGUCAACACGUCCAUCCUGAGCCGCCUGCCCCCCGAGGCGCUGACUGCCCCGGCCGGUGGCCAGUGGGGGGGCGAGCCCGAGGGCAGCUGCUACCAGACCUUCCGGCAGUACUGUGGGGCCGCCUGCACCUGCCACGUGCGGAACCCGCUGUCUGCCUGCUCCAUCAUGUAGCACCUGCCCGCCCGCCACUGCCCGCCAUUCUCACUCGCCGCUUGGUCAGGGAUCCGGCCCUGCCCUGUCACUCGCUGACCCUCGCCCAUCACAGCUUCUGGCCCCUACCCAUGUGGCAUUGUCGCUGCAGCCAACUUUGCCAUUAAAACUCUU